AUGUACGCAGUACCGUUACCUUGGCUGCUAGUAGUUGGAGCGGCCGCCGGGAUUGGCUAUGCCGUAUACAACAAUUGGGAUGAGCUAUCUGACCCUUCCUUUUGGGGCGAAAAAAUGCAGCCUCUCAAGAGCAAGCUGGACCACGCCACCAACUCAAAGGUGCAUUCUUCAGAAAUAAUCGACACUGAACUGGAUGCAAUUGGCACUUCAGGCACAGAAUCAGAUACUGAGGUGGAGAAAGAUUUUAAAAGUUCAGGGAAGCGUAACCAUAGCGUUUUAGCGACAGGAUGCUCGUUUGACAACGUUCGCACAAGCCAGCGCGAAUUACCGGAUGUUAUGAUGCCAUCAAGCGCUGAUUCCAAAGUAAAUAUUUCUUUACUCAGUUCUGAGACCGAAGGCCUUGAGUUCACUUCAGAAUUCAGUAUGGUUUCAGAUUUGGAGUGGUCAGACUUUUCAGCUGGAGAUGCCGACACAGAAUGCUAG